AUGGGCAAAGAUCACGACGUCCCACAGCCAGGCCCUGCCCGCCUGGCAAAGGGCGCGGGCCCCGAUGAAUGGCUCGAGCAGGCCAAGCAAUGCAAGUACCUGCCCGAGGCCGACAUGAAGCGCCUCUGCGAGAUUGUCAAGGAGUGCCUGAUGGAAGAGUCAAACAUUCAGCCCGUCCGCACCCCCGUCACGGUAUGUGGUGAUAUCCACGGCCAAUUCUACGACCUUCUCGAGCUCUUCCGCGUCGCCGGCGGCAUGCCCAGCGACACGCCCACAGCGCCCCUCACCCAGCCAGUCACCAUCCCCAGCACAAUCAACCCGGCCGACCUCGAGCCCCCCACUAGCAUCACAGACCCAAAAGUAAAGCGCAAGAUGAAGCGCAGGUUCCAGCGCGACCCAAACUACACGGGCCCCGCCAGUCCCCCCGGCGGCGACGGCGACGAGGAUGCCGAUGACGACGACGAGGAAGAGCGCGGCCGCAGCCGGAGUGUCAACGACCGCCGCAGCUUUGGCUCCGCCUCGGACGCCGACUCGAGCAAGAACACCGUUGGCGGAAACGGCCAGCAAAACUUCAUCUUUCUCGGCGACUUUGUUGACCGUGGCUACUUUAGCCUCGAGACCUUUACCCUUCUCAUGUGCCUCAAGGCAAAAUUCCCAGAUCGCGUGACGCUAGUACGCGGAAACCACGAAUCCAGGCAAAUCACUCAAGUCUACGGCUUCUAUGAAGAGUGUCAGACCAAGUAUGGCAAUGCCUCGGUAUGGAAAGCUUGCUGUCAGGUCUUCGACUUCCUGGCCCUCGCUGCCAUUGUUGACGGCAAAGUCCUCUGCGUUCAUGGCGGACUGAGCCCAGAGAUUCGAACACUGGACCAGAUCCGUGUUGUCGCCCGCGCCCAAGAAAUCCCCCACGAGGGUGCCUUUUGCGAUCUUGUCUGGAGUGAUCCUGAAGAGGUGGACACAUGGGCAGUGUCGCCUCGAGGUGCGGGUUGGCUAUUUGGAGACAAGGUCUCUUCAGAGUUCAACCAUGUCAACGGCCUGCAGCUCAUUGCGCGAGCUCAUCAGCUAGUCAACGAAGGCUACAAAUACCACUUCAAGGACAAGGAUGUCGUAACGGUGUGGUCGGCGCCAAACUACUGUUACCGCUGCGGCAAUGUUGCCUCCAUUAUGAACCUUGGCGAAGACCUCAAGCCCGAGUUCCAAAUAUUCUCGGCCGUUCCCGAUCACAAGCGAGCCGUACCGGCAGGCCGUGGAGGCCGGGGCGAAUAUUUCUUGUAA